UCUGCCACCACCUGCAUACUGGAGGGGGUCAAACAAAACGUGGACAAAUCCACUAUAAGUAUAGGGAGAUGCCCUCCUCAUAUCAACGACGUGUCAUGGCGCCUGGUGUACCCUAUCAAGAACGGGCAUGUGCAUAAGGUCAACGAGCCAUCCUAUCUGUUUUCAUUAAACGUUGAGGAUUUGGUGGGAAAGAUAAAAGACGCUGCCAAGAGUCUUGAGGGCUAUGCAGUUGAGCCGAGCCUGCUCGAACAGUGGAAUCCGGUUUCUCACGUGAUCUCCUCUGCUUCCUUCAUCUCCUGAAAGCACUGAAGUUCAGCGAUUUCAAGCGGCGUUGAUAUCCGCUUUGUAUUUUAUACUCAUUUCAUUCGUCAUUAAAUAUUUGUAUCCGUUCAAUGAUGUAGGCCUAUUUUUGUCA